GCGAUACUUUCUUUUGACUAAUUUAUUAAUUAAUUGAUUAAAUCAACUACAAAAGAAAGUAAUUUAAAUGCUUUAUUCUGUUAAAGAGAAAGAGAUUUUAAAAUAGAUAAAAUAGGAAUGUAACGGCGGCCGAAAAUGUCCGCUCAAUGAGUUUUUCAGUCUCUUUGCUAUGAAAUUUAAUCGCUUCGUUCUCUUGUAAUUUUUUUGUGAAAACUCAAUCCUUUAAUGUUUUCUAUUACGGAAUUAUACGUUACGAAAAGUAUUUAGUAAAUUAAAGAUAUGUUACCAAAGCCUAUAGGUCAAAGAAGUAGAAAUAGGAUAUUAUUAAGGUGAGAUAGUAUAUUUUUUGAUAAUAUACCGGCUAAUUGAAUGAUAAUGUGUUUUAUUCGGAUAUUUAGGUAAAAAAUGAAUAGAGACAAUAUCAUUUGCAAAGGGAAUAAAAGGAAAUUUUAGAGAAACUGAAGUUACUUAUCUAAAAAAAGUUUUAUAAAAACCCUAUUAAAUAUGCAUAAAUCUGCUACGGGUACUGAUUUAGUUGGAUUUAAAUAUCGAUUAUAUAAGUGAACAAACUAGAUUUAAGCUAUAAGCAAACCAAUUAAAAACGUAGCCGAGUAAUCAACAAAUACAUGGCCGAGUUUACAAUAUAGAUCAGAUAAUCAUCAAGAUAAUACGGCUAGGAAAUGUAAUUUCCUCUCCCGUUCAUUUCGUAGCUUGUCCAUUCUUCACGUAAGGCGUCGCUAUUGCGUAAUUUGAUGGCGAACACGCAGAGAUCUGAUGAGGAGCUACUGUCGAUUACAUAAUGACCUAUAUUCUAAGGAACACUUUAUUAAAUAAAACGUCUCGGCCCCCCAAUAUAAAACCGAUCGCGGGAGCGAUAUAGAACAUUAAAUGCAAGAGGAGUUUAAGUAAGAGAAGCCCUCAAUUUCUAAUCAAUUCACUCUAGCUUAAAUCACUAAGGAAACUGUCAGAAUAACUUAAACGACAGAGUUUGUUUAACAACAUACACUCUUUCAACUAUUGAAAGGCAGAGUGCUAUUCAAAUUAGGAAAGAAAUGGCGCAUAAUUAAUUACCUGAUUAUCGUUCAAUAAGAACACUCCACAAGUGACAACUCGCUUUAUAAGGCACUCUACUCGGACAAUUUUGCCAGUACUUUUGAUCGACUUGGUCCAACGUUAAAGAAAUAUUAUUAUCGAAUUACAGCGAAUUAGCUCUUUAGUAAUCAUUAUAUGCUAUUUUUUUUCUAUUUUUUAAAAAAAUAGUAAUAAAACAUUUAAGGAAACAAGAAGGAAAGAGAACAAUAAAAAAAAGAACAAUAAAAAUUACUUAUUAUGACUUCGAACUGCAAGAGAUUUUCGUUGUUCAGCAUCGAUUCUAUUCUUGGUAAUUCUCAAUCAAAUAAACAACAACAACAGAUAAAUCGAGAAGAAGAGGAAGAAGAGAAUGAUGUAGAAAUUAGCGAGGAAAUAGCAGAAGGAAAUAUUGAAAAGAUUUCGGAUAAUAAGUUUUCAGCUAUAAAUCAUCUUACCUUCAAGUUACCAGCUAUGACGCCUCUUGAAGAAUUGACCUAUUUACGGAUGACAACUUCAAUUUUACCAGCUUCUAAAUCUUUUUCAAUAACCCAUACGGAUGAAGUUGGAAGUAAGAUCUUUAUGAAUUCGCAAUACGAUUCAAUGUGUUCAAGAGUAAGCCGUAGACGUAAAGCCCGUACAGUGUUCUCCGACGAGCAGUUGGCCGCUUUAGAGAAGCGGUUUAUCUCUCAAAGAUACCUGUCAACACCCGAAAGAUAUGAAUUGGCAACAGAUCUAAGUCUAACAGAAACUCAAGUUAGUUCUAAAAACUAGUAAUAAUCUUAAUGUAAACUAUUUAUAGUAAAUAUCUAAGCCGGAAGUACAUACAAUGUUUGAAAACUUCACACUCCUUCAAACGGCAAUCGACUUGUCUAACACCCUCUUACGUAAUUACUGUUAAUUAGGGUUAUAUUGUUGAUCACGUAUACGUGUAACGCUUGGAAACUAAAAGAAAUAACGUAACGAAUUCGUGUUGUACAUUUAGAUAUAGUAACAUUAAAUUAAAACCUAUCAUUUUUAUAUAUUUUUCAGAUAAAGACAUGGUUUCAGAACCGUCGAAUGAAAUAUAAGAAAGUCAUGAAUAAGGAUAAGACUUCCCUCAAACGUCAGAUUUGUGUUAUUGAUGAAGAUAGCGAAAUAGAAAUAGAUUGAUAACUUUAUGUAUUAUACUGUAUUCAUAUAUAUAAAUUUAUAUAUACUUAAUUAUUUAAACUUAUCGUAUUCUUCCUCUUUCGUAUUAUCAUGUCAUUCUGUCUCACGAAUUGAAAGUUAGAAGAACUCUUAUUAGUUUAAUAAUUUGAUACUUUUUUCUAGUUUCCUAAGAUAGAUACUCUUAUUGUUUUUAGAUUAAAU